CUCGUCUCGUCCCGCGGAUCCUCAGCGACCUCAUCCACCAUUACCAUCUAGCCGUAGCGUCGACAGCACUAUCUGGAUCCGUUGCGGCGAUUCUUGAUAUCUUCACUUUCUCAGCUAGCAUCCCGGAAUGAGAUUCCUCCGUCCAUCGUCCUCGCGGCGAGGCCUUGACCUCGCCGCCGCCGCCUUCUGGACGCUGUUGGCCUUCCUCGCCUUUUCAGCACCAGUCGAAGCAAGUAUCUCGCAACCAAAGAUGUUGACCACCUCCUCCGUCGCAUACUGCGCACCACCCAAAGUCCUCAUCGUCGAGAACGCCGCACUCACCGUCUUCCCGGAUAAUCAGACCGUCGAGUUCGAGCUCGCAGCCGGAUCAACAGCAAAUGACCUGAACGUGACUGUUGCGAUCCACGUAAAUGCCUACGGACUCGGCGUCGUCGACUUCUCUCUAGACCUCUGCACCAUCGCGGGCGGGAUCCUCUGCCCUCUGCCUACCUACCAAUUCAACGGCGGAGGCGUCUAUCCGAUCCCCAAGGAAUACCUGGACAAAGUACCCGCAAUCGCUUACGCCAUCCCUGACCUCGAGGCACUCGCUACCCUGUCCCUCACAUCGCAAACGGGCGAGGUUGUAGGAUGCGUGCAGGUCACCCUCACCAAUGGCCACACGGCUCGUCAGUCCGGUGCGACGUGGGCUACGGUUGGUCUUGCUCUGCUGGCCCUAUUCAGCUCCCUGCUUCACUCCAGUAUUGCUCAAUCAGUCGGAGCGGCUCAGUGGCGCAUCGUCGAUGUGAUGCUCAUGAUUCAGCACAUUGCGUUCACCGGUCUACUGUCACUCAACUUUCCAAUCGUCUUCAUCAGCUAUGCGCUCAACUUUGCGUGGAGCAUCGGCAUCAUCAACAUCCCUUCGCUGCAGAGCUCGAUUACGUCGACGAGGAGCAAGACGGGAGGCAAUGAAGGGGCCAUCUUUGGCGAGCAGCUGACGGCUCAAACGGCCAGGACGGCGGUCAAUCUGGGCACCGUGAUGAACCCGGCGAGCAGUAGUGGUGGGAAAAUCGACUUCCUGCAGCUGCCGAGCUUCAUUGCGACUAGCGGCGGUGACAGCAACAGUACCUCCCUCGCUCCGCUUGGAACCCUCUCAGCGUCGUCGAGCCAUUUCUCAAUUGGCUCGCACUCUCACGCCUCCGCUAGCACUCCUCCCAUCGCCAAGCGUUCCGCCUUUGACGCUGUGAUCGAAGCCGCUCGCCCUCUCUUCAUUCGCGCAGCCAAGUACGCCCCGAACACAGGGCCAAACGGCCUUCCCGUCACCUCAACAACGACUGCGAACCUGCCCAUCGUCUCCAACAAUACCGAGAACAAUUACGGCGGCCUAGACCUCUACACGCAGCGCGCAAACGUGGCACCGGACAAUGCCCUUCUCACCGUGCUGGUCAGCAUCUUCAUCCUCCUUGCCAUUGUCGUGGGUGCUCUUCUCCUCACAUAUGGGAUUGCCUGGCUCUUCCGUCUCAUCACGGCCAAGAAGACGAGCAAUAAUCCGGCGCACUGGUCGAGAAGGAUCACUCGACCCUCCCAAUUCGGCAUCGUGGUCCUCGCCACGCUUGCCCGCUUCCUCUUGGUCGUCCUGCCGGUCUUCUUCAUCUUCUCCUUCUACCAAUGGCGCCACGGCGACUCGUGGGUCCCGGACUUCUUGGCCGCAUUCUUCCUCUUCGUCUUUCUCCUCGCGCUCGCGCUCUUCUAUCUUCCCUGCUUGACCGCAGUACGCCGUUCGGUGCUCGGACCGGAGGUGCUUUACUACUCCUCGCACGACGAGAAGCAGCCCCCCAUCGAGGGACGAAGCGUCGCCAAGAAGUGGGGCCACAUUGCGCACCCGUACAGGCCGAAAUUCUGGUGGUUUGCACUGGUCUUCAUCCUAAUGAGCGUCAUAAGGGCAUGCUUCGUCUCCUUCGCACAAGGCCAAGACUUCACGCAAGCCGUCGGUCUCCUCGUAUUCGAGGUUGUCUUCUUCGUCGUGCUCAUCGCACUGCGUGUAGGCAGAGACAAGAAGAGUGACUGGGUCUUCAUCGUCUUGACCUUCUUCCGCCUCGCAUCUUGGGCCGUUUGCGUUGCUUUCACUCGACGUGCAAACGUUACCACCAUCCCAAGGGCAAUCGUGGGCUUCGUGCUCAUCGUGGUGACGGGUCUGCCGAUCAUUUGGCUCUUCUUCCUCACAGUCUGGGACCUCUUCUCGGCACUGCUGCCAAAGAAGCGUAGGCCUGCCCACCACAAACAUCGCGACCUCGACGCAGAGAAGGCUACCGAGUACGGCACAGUGGGCGCUGCUGGUGCUGGUGCGGCUGGAGCCGGCGCGGGCGCUGUAGCUGCUCAGCACGACUCGGCAGACAGUGAGCGCACGAGUGAAGGUGCUGCUCCUGCCCUGCCGGCCGCCACGGCUGGCUCAUCCCCCUCGGGCGUCUCGCAUGAAGACCCAGCCAUCGCACAAGGCGAAGCCAACUCGCCCAGCUCGAACCCAUAUGGGCCUGAGCCGGAAGAGUACUGGGGUAGGCAGCAUUAGAGCCGGCGCCUUUUCUGGACGUCCAGGAUCUGCCCUGUUCAACUGCGACUCCCUUUGCUUUCCUUUGUAGCACAUCCUCCACUCCCUCUUGGCUUUUCAUUCGACUU